AUGCUGGGCCCAUCUUUCCUCCCCGUUGCUUUAACUGCCUUGUCGUGCGUGGACGCUCUCUCGCUUCACAGGCGUGAUACCCCAGCCACCGUCGAGCUGCCUAUCGAGCGUAGGAAGCAUGCUGGAGGCCUGCAGAAGCGAGAUUCGACGCUGGAUCUGCCACUCAUAAACUACUAUGAUAGUUUUUAUAUCCUAAACCUGACGCUAGGAACGCCAGCGCAGCAGUUCGCGGUCGCUUUGGAUACAGGCAGCAGUGACCUCUGGGUGAAUGUCGCCAACUCGUCCUAUUGUUCGUCCCGGGGUAAUCCAUGCAAACCUUUUGGCUUGUAUGAUCCCGACGCAUCCUCGACAUACAAGGACCUGGAUGUUGAUUUCAAUGCAACCUACGGUGACGGCACCAACGCCUACGGUUACUAUGCCACUGAUAAACUCGGCCUGGGUGAUAUACAUGUUGAUGACAUGCAAUUUGGCGUUGCCGAAUCCACUACGAUAACACAGGGUAUCGUCGGUGUAGCUUAUGACACUCUCACCAACGAAGCUGCACAUGAAGGCAAGACAUACGCCAAUCUCCCCCAAGCCCUAGUCAAUAGUGGCGCCAUUAAAUCGCCCGCCUACAGCCUGUGGCUUAAUGAUCCCGCAGCGAGUCGGGGCUCUAUUCUCUUCGGUGGCGUUAACAAGGCCAUGUACAAAGGCGAACUCCAGACUAUCCCCAUUGUGCGCACGCUUGGAGGGUAUUCUUAUCUAGCCGUUACCCUGACCGGCGUUUCUGUGGAACACGGCAAGGAGUCUGACGAUUACUCCUCGCAGCUUCCGAUAGUAGUGUUGCUCGACUCGGGUACCACCUUGACAUAUCUGCCUAACUCGCUCGCUGACUCGCUCUACAAAAAGUUCAACGCCACCUUCCUCGAGGAUGACGGACUGGCAUAUGUGGACUGCGACCUCAUCGAAAAGGAUUAUACCGUCAACUUCGACUUCUCCGGCGCCACCAUCGCCGUUGGAAUCAACGAACUGGUCCUGAGAGUGAUUGCCAGGGACUUCCCCGAGGGAACCUGCACCUUUGGCGUUGUGCCCAGCGGAGACAGCCAAGACGCCAUGUACAUCCUGGGCGACACCUUCCUGCGCAGUGCAUACGUCGUGUAUGACCUCGGUAACAACGAGAUCUCUCUCGCCAACACAAACUUCUCUCCGGAGAAAGACGACAUCUUGGAGAUCGGCACCGGCACCAGCGCCGUGCCCGGCGCCACCCCGGUCGAGUCCGCUGUCACUUCGGCUACCGUUGCAUCCGCCACAGAUAUCGUGCAUACCAUCACGAUCGGUGGUCCGAAAACCACCACUACGGAGUCGAAUUCUGGCGCGGCUAAGACCACUUCCUCGAGCGGCAUCGCUGCCUUGCCGACCAGUAAUACGAGACAUCUGCUCUCUGGCCUCGCGGGCGCUGGUCUUCUUCUUGCUUUGUAA